AUGGGAAACGUGAACCCAAAGGUGACACCAAUUCGUGAGGUAUGGGUGGAGAGCAUGUCUUCACCGGAAUCCCAGAAGCUAUCGAUAGUACCGCUUCACCCGUCAGUCUUCGGCGCCUUCCCUCGUGUGGACCUAAUCCAAGAGAACCACAAAUGGCAGACACUAUACAAACACAUUGACUGGAAGUGGUUGCCCACCCGUAAUGAGUUACCCGGCACUACACGCAAGCCGUGGCCACAGAAGGGCACGGGUAGGGCGCGCGCCAAAGGUGUUCGGGCGCCCCAAUGGAAGAACGGGGGUUGGGUUGUAGGUCCCCGAGGGCCCCGAACCUACUUCUAUAUACUGCCGUUCCCUAAACGAGUCAAAGGACUCAUUUCGAUGCUGUCGGCAAAGUUGGCUCAGGACGACCUCAAAGUGGUCGACACUCUCGACUCCAUCCCCACCGACAACAGUGAGUAUAUGGAGGAGCUGUGCUCUGCGAGGGGUUGGGGACCGAGUGUCCUGUUUGUCGACACUUCAGACUUAUUCCCCCGAAAUAUAUCGCUCGCAACCCAUCCAAUACAACACAUCAAUCUAAUGCCCGUCUAUGGACUCAAUGUGUUCUCAAUGUUAAAACACGAGACCCUUGUCCUCACGUUAGACGCCGUCCAAGAGAUUGAAACCAAACUAUUGUUUCAAUUGAGAAGAACUGAUUUGUGGGACGUUAUGUCCAAAAUUAAGUCCUCCAAGACUUUACGGAUGUAA